UCUUUUGCUCGCUCUAAAUACGAAAAUGUCGCUUAAUCAUACGGCUUAAUCUUUGGCUAAUCACAAAUGAGCUUUAUUGCGAAGCACGAUUUCACAGGUACUAAACUCUGAAAGUUUCACGCGCAGAAUUUCACGAUUUCCAAAUGUUGUACAACUCCAUUUCUCUGCGUACAAGUAAUUUUUAUUUAUAUGUGAGAGUAAUAAUUAUAAAUAACCAAUACACUAAAAUUUAAAAAGAGCGCUGGCUUCCAAGGCCUUUGGCUCAUACAAGUAAUUAAUUGCCAGCAUUCACUGAGCAGUCAUGUGCCUACUUGGAUAGCUGAUUUGCUGGAUGACGCCUUGCAAAAAACAAAAACAAAACUUUAAAGUAAAGCCAAUUCUCAAAAAAAUAGUACGAGUAUGCUGUCAUUAAAUACCAGUCUUCGUUCACCAAGUUACAAGCGCUCUUGCUCUUCUUCAACUUUGCUGGGUCAUCGAAUACAUGAAAAAUGCGACAAGUCCCAAAAGUGCAUAUGUAGUUCGUUAAUUAUUCGAAACUAUCGACCACUUUGUGUGUGUAUUCCCUUUGGUUUGGUAGCGUAGUGUCUUAAAAUGCCAAAAGUAGCUUCUGCUUUUCCUCGGAGACGUACAAGCAAGCAUUUCAAAACCAUUUUCAACGUUCAAGCGAAGCGUACUGGACUUCGGUACAAAUUUCUACCUAAUAAAAUGAAUUUGUAUUUCAAUUUUCAACUACGGCUCCUCUUGCUCAAUUGGAUCUGCUUACAUUCAUCGUUGUUUGUGCGUUCAUGGGAAGUGGAGUUUAAUCGACAUUUCCUCUGCACAUUGGGCAAGAUCAUACGUGUGCAAGAGAUGAUUUGGUUCGUAAGCGACCAAAUGAAUACAACGAAUAGCGCAGGAUACCAGGAUCUGAUUAUAUCGAUGUACAAGUGCCUUGGACUCACACAGUCAAUUUUGAGCAAUCGCACCGAUAUCCGUUUCGUACAAUCCGAAAAUAAGAAACACGCACUGAGUGUUGUCUUUACUACCACACCGGAAGAUCCCAUCUUGCAUGUGCACGACCUUGCUUUGCGUGGACGCCAUUAUUACAUCAGUUUGUUAAUCGCGGUGAAUAUAGUGCACGAUUUCAAAGUGGUAGAGCAAUUCUUAUUGGGCUUGAAGAAACGUAAUUUCCAAUCGUCCCUGUUAUAUUUCUAUACUUCAAACCGAACAAAUGAACUUUUCGGGAAUAGUAUGUAUCUGGAGGUGAAACCUGAAAAUCGCUCGAACUACUUGGAAGAAAUAGGCCAAUUAUUGAACAAGAGUUUAGCUGGUGGUGCUGACAUGCUGGGUUACAAAAUGUAUACGCCGCUACGACAAGAUUUGCCACAUGUCUUCGGUUAUGUGAAUGCAAGCGGCCAAAUCAACUGGCGCGGUGCAUCCUAUAAUUUAUUGGAGGUAUUCACGAAGUACUGCAAUAGUUCCUUGAUUGAGUACGAAAUGCCGAAGGACCGGUUGGGUGGCGACGUUAUCGAUAUGAAGGCGGCGCUUGAAUUGAUACGUAGGAGCAAGGUGACUGUAAUGGCACACGCUUACGCGUUAUUCCAGGAGGACGAUGAGCUUAGUAAGAGUUAUCCGCUCAAGGUGGUGCGCUGGUGUCUCAUGGUUCCCGUUUGGAAUAGCGCUACAACAAUGCUUUAUCCCGUGGAACCAUUCGACAAUUGGACUUGGUUUGGUAUUGUUGGUGUUUUUGGCGCACUCGUGGUCACAAAGUGUCUGUGGUGCUGUUGGCAGGGUACACAUGAGUUGGCGGCACGCUUAGGUGAAAGCGUUUUGAAUAGCUUCUGCUUGAGUAUUGGCAUUGGCACGCCCAACGUUUUUAGUGCGCCCUCUGUAGUGGAUUUCUUCAUUUUCGUUUGCAUUUUCUUCUAUGGCUUCUUUCUCACAUCCAGCUACACCUCUCUACUGGGCAGCAUUUUUACAGUCACUUUAUUUAGCGCACAAAUCAACACAAUGGAUGAUCUCAUCAGCGCGAACAUAUCGGUGAUGAUUAUCGAUUAUGAGUUGGAGUUUUUGCGUUCAAGUGGCGAUGAAUUAGCGGAGAACUUCUCGCGUUUAAUUCUACCAGUAGAUUCGGCAACUUUUAAUUUGCAUCAAGUGCAGCUAAAUUCAAGCUUUGCUUACUUUGUGACCGAGGAAAAGUGGCACUUUCUGGAAUUGCAGCAAAAGUACCUCAAGCAAGGCAUUUUCAAAUUCAGCGAUAUUUGUUUCGGUUCCUAUCACUUAACCUACCCACUGCAGACGGAUUCUUUGCUCUAUCGAAAUCUCGAGUAUUUCAUAUACCGCACACAUUCUUCGGGUAUGUUGGACCACUACGAGAGUACAGCUUUCGAUUAUGCGGUCAAAGCCGGACUCGUGAAACGCUUGGCGGCCAAUUCGGAGUUCACAUCGGCUGGCAUGCAACAUUUGGUUGUUGUCUUUUUCAUGCUGUUGAUUAUGCUUGGUGUAAGUUUAAUUGUUUUUGUAAUAGAACUACAAUGCGCUCGUUUCAAAAAUGAAUGAAUGAAUUCAAUAGCAUUAAUUACGUAGAGCUGCGCUGCAAGAUGAAAUACGCGUCAAAUAGUGUGAGAGUCUAAUGUGUUAGGUGUGGUGAAAGGAAAAAAGGUGUUUGGUCCAAAUUUGUGAAGAUUGUAACUACU